AUGACACCACCAAGGGUGCAAGCGUCGCUCUCGCUGCUGGUGCUGGGCGGCUGUCUCCUCGCGGCCGCCCAGAGGGACAAGGGGGCGGCUCGCAGCGCGGCGCAGCCGGCCGUGAUCUCUGCAGGCCGCUCCUCGGGCCGCUUCAUCAGCCCCGAGCAGCACGCGUGCAGCUGGCAGCUCUUGCUGCCCACUCCGGGGGCCGCGGCGGGCAGCGAGCUGGCGCUUAGCUGCCAAGGCCCGGACGGGGCGCGCUACCAGUGCGUCUACCACGCGGAGCCGGAGCGCUGCGCCGCCUACGCGGGCCGCGGCGCGCACUACUGGAAACAGGUGCUGGGCCGGCUGCGCAAGAAUCGGCUGCCCUGCCACGACCCUGUGCGGCUCAGGUCCCGCCUGUGCUACGGCAAGAAGGGCCACGACGCCGAGCUGCGCCUCGCGCCCCGCGCGUCCCCGCCCGCGGGCCCCACCUCCGCUGGCUUCCCCGGGGAGCCCAAACCGCGGGCCAGAGGCCGGGGACGGGCCCGGGAGCAUGCGCCCGGCCCAGCCGCAGGGGCCCCGCCUCCCACGAGCACACCGUCCAAGCAGAGGCCCUCUGAGAAGAAGACCAAAGGGGGCAGGAGGAAGGGGAUCUCGAUUCUCGACGAGGAGCGACCCCUGGGGACCGGGCUAGACCUCGACGGGCCAGACGAGAACGCCGAGCUCACGGAGACCUACUGCGCUGAGAAGUGGCACUCCCUCUGCAACUUCUUUGUGAAUUUCUGGAAUGGCUGA